CAGAAGCUCCCAGCACGACCGAUAUUAUCAUGACGGGUCAGUUUUCAUCACCAGGUCAGGGUCAGAGCCACGGCCUUGAUCUAGAUAGCGAUAGCCUUGACACCGACAUUGAUGGCUCGGCUGCAUCCAACAUUGGGCCACCACCGGCGAUAUACAUGGCCAAUUUGAUUUCCAAGAAGCUACUCAGGAUAGGCGCAAGUAUGUUCGGAAGGCGUGAGGACGCCAGCUGUGUGCUCAUUGUAGGCGCAAGGCGUUACUAUGUACACGUUCAAAUAUUGGCUUCACGGUCUCCUACGUUCCAACGCAUCUUUGAUGACAUGAUCACGAACAACGCAUGGGGUGUGUCCUCGGACGAGGACUUCUCGAGUGCUUAUUGUCGUUCUUCAACGCGUGAUGGCCAAGAUUGCGACGUUGAUGAUGCCAUGGUAUCGAGCGACGAGGGCGAUGAUUUUGCAGAUGAUGAGAGCACACAGGAGGUGCACAGUGAUGAAUUUGACCACGAGGUCGAAGAAGACUAUACCCAACGUGAGCCUGAUCUCACUGGUACUAGCCAGCAACAGCAGAAGAUCAGCAUGGCAAGUUUGAGUACAAGUCUACGACACUCAUUACGGGUACAUGAUGAGUAUGAGCCUGGACUAGACGAGGCUCUACCUGAGCUGAGAGUAACGUUCGCGGAUCCUGAAGGGAGCCGGUUUGACGAGCUGUUGUACUGGCUUUACACUAGCGACAACGAACGCUGGGUCAAGUGUUUCACGCCCGAGAAUUACGGUACCAUUCUCGAAAACAUUGCACGACUCCGUAUCACGACGGAUUCUGUCCUGAAUCUGUGUCUCUCAUACGAAGCGACAACACGUCCAGAGCUUGGACUGAGGGGCAUGGCCAUGCAUAUCCUUGGAAUGUCUUCAAACAUGGCUAGUGAUGUGAAUGAGUAGCAUACGCUUAAUAUACGG